AUGUCGAUUUCAAGGUCCUCGAGAGACCUGCUCUCCCUGUCCCGCCAAUUGAACCGAGUGUCGAGACCAAACAUUCCCCGCCAUGUCCUGCUGCCACGAACAUCCUCGCGAGCCGUUGCCUCUUACACGGCGCCGUACCAGGCCAAUGCCAUAUCGGUGAUCCAAAGCAAUGUCGAUGCGACGAGCGACGAGUUCAAGGAAAACCAAAAGCUCAUGGACGAAGCAAUGGCGAGAUUGGAGAAGCUGACGCGGACCGCCCAGCAGGGAGGCUCUGCGAAAGCUAGAGAAAAACAUCUUGCCCGCAAGAAGAUGCUGCCCAGAGACAGAGUGACAGCCCUGAUUGACCCAGGCACAACCUUUAUGGAGCUGUCGCCAUUGGCCGGCCACGAGCUAUACCCGGAAGCCGAUGUGCCCGCGGCAGGUAUUAUCACCGGCGUCGGCGUGGUGGAGGGCGUCACCUGCGUGAUUGUCGCCAACGACAGCACAGUGAAAGGUGGCACAUACUACCCCAUCACGGUCAAGAAACACUUGCGGGCACAGGCUGUCGCGCAGGAGAACAAGCUACCCUGUAUAUACCUCGUAGACUCGGGCGGCGCAAACCUGCCCCAUCAGUCCGAUGUAUUCCCAGACCAGAACCACUUUGGCCGCAUCUUUUACAACCAGGCGCGGAUGAGUUCUCAGGGUAUUCCUCAGGUAUCAGUGGUCAUGGGACUCUGCACUGCCGGUGGUGCUUAUGUGCCCGCCAUGAGUGACGAAAACAUCAUUGUCGAGAAGCAGGGUAACAUCUUCCUGGCUGGACCACCACUGGUGAAAGCAGCUACCGGUGAAGUAGUCUCUGCGGAAGAACUUGGCGGCGGCGAGAUGCAUACUUCGGUAUCGGGUGUAUCAGACUAUCUGGCUGUGGACGACGCGCACGCCAUUGUUCUUGCACGGAGAUGCAUCAGUAACCUGAAUUGGCCCAAAAAGGCAGAUCCCCCAGCAGCCUCGAUCGCCGAGCCACUUUAUCCCGAGUCUGAACUCUUGGGAAUUGCAUCUACCAAUCUGCGCAAGCCGCUGCCCAUUCAUGAAGUCAUUGCACGAAUCGUAGACGGCUCUCACUUUUCCGAGUUUAAGCGCGACUUUGGUUCAACAUUGGUGACUGGAUUCGCCAGCAUCUAUGGAUACAAGGUCGGCAUAGUGGCUAACAACGGUAUCCUGUUCGGCACCUCGUCUCAAAAGGGCGCUCACUUUAUUGAACUCUGUGCGCAGCGAGGAAUUCCUCUUGUGUUCUUGCAGAACAUUAGUGGUUUCAUGGUCGGUAAAGAGGCCGAGCGGGAGGGCAUUGCUAAACAUGGAGCCAAACUUGUGACGGCUGUAGCAUGCGCCGACGUUCCCAAGUUUACCGUCGUAGUAGGUGGCAGCUAUGGUGCAGGCAACUACGGCAUGUGUGGUCGUGCAUACAGCCCGAGAUUCUUGUGGAUGUGGCCAAACGCCCGCGUAGGUGUCAUGGGCGGCGAGCAGCUGGCCAAUGUGAUGGAGACGGUAGGACAAAAGGCAGACCCCGAGUUGCGAGACCGUAUCGAACGGGAGAGCGAUGCAGUGUAUUCGUCUGCCCGACUUUGGGACGACGGUGUGAUCCCACCACAACAUACAAGGAGAUAUCUGGGCUUGGGCUUGAGAGCGGCGUUGUCGGGCAAGAACGAAGUCAAGCAUGGCGAUACAAGAUUUGGUGUUUUCAGAAUGUAA